UUGAAAUAAUAAAUGAUUUUCAGUAGUUUUAGUUAAUAACACCCAGAUGGUAAAUUGGUAAUAUCAUCUUGUUUGAAUGUAGUUUAUAUUAAUCAUUCUUGGUCCAUUAUCAUUCAGCACUAUGGUAACAUUUGCAGUGGUCUGUGGACAGGAGAUUCUUCACUAUAUUUAGUACAACUACACACCCACACACACACACACACACACACACACACACACACGUGUCAGCUCAUGUUCUCUCUCGGUUUUGAAGAUCCUCAGCUUUCAGCCUGGUGUUACAAUGUCCUUCUCUCAAGUUUAACAUUGGUGAGCUUCAUACUUCAUACUGUGCAUCUGAUUUGUGCAUUUAAUUUUGUAUGAUUAUCAUGCAUUAGCAGAAAAUUGUAUACAGAUUAUUAGCUUAAUGCCUUUCCCUUUUCUAACUUACAUUCCCUGGUUCUCACCAUGUGUUCUUUUCUCGCAUUCUUUCACUGACUGAUAAACGUUAUCAUAAACACUCAUUCUUGCUACUAGAACUUUGUACCACAGAACAAACAGGUCCGAUUGGUCUAUGUUUGACCAAUCAGUCUGCUUGGUUUACAAGAAUCAGUCAGAGGGAUCCAACAAAGUGAACCUUGUGAUUUGUCAUUCAUUCUGAAACAGGACAGCUACAUGGUGAGUUACUUGGUCAUCAUGAACAGAGCAUGGGUUUUGUUCAAAUCCCAUCCAUACAUCUCCAAUGUGGUGGGAUACACAACGCUUUUUGCCACAGCAGACCUCAUUCAGCAAAGCAUGGUGGGAAAAGCUCAGGACAAAGGGACAGUUCGCAAACUGGAUCGAGUGGGACAAGAUCCCUCCAACACUUCCAUUGAGGAAUUUACUGUGGCUGGAGAAGCAAAGACAGAUGAUGAUAGCAAAAUAAGGAACUCAGAAGGAAAUAAAAAAGCUUUGGAAAUAAAUAAAACAUCAGCUCCAGUACAACAUACUCCACAGCUUCACAGCAUCAACUGGGCCCAGACUGCUCGGGUGGCACUGGUUGGGUUCUGUUUUCAUGCCAACUUCAAUUACCAUUGGCUUCGUGGACUGGAGAGGAUGUUUCCAGGAGGAGGGAUCAGAAGAGUGUCACUUAAAGUGUUUCUGGACCAGCUAUUUGCAGCUCCUAUGACAAUAAGUGCUUUCUACAUUGGGCUGAGCACAUUGGAGGGCGCAGAGGAUCCCCUUGAAGACUGGAGAACUAAAUUUUGGACCUCUUAUAAGACUGGAGUAGUGUAUUGGUCAACAAUGCAGGCUGUGAACUUCUCGCUGAUCCCGCCGGUGGCUCGUACUGUUUUUGUUGGAGGAGUCGCUCUUGGCUGGACUGUCUUCUUGUGUCAUUUCAAGCAACAGAAGAGUGACUUCCUGACUUAGGCUUUAUUCUGCAGCUGCUUGGCUUUGAAUUUAGCCAAAACAUGGACUGGUCUUUAAUCAACAUAUGCAACAUAAAAUGCAUACAUGCAACUAUGUACAUAUUGCAUAUAAGGGAUGCAAUAAAUCAGGCUGAUGUUUUAAACAACAUGCAAUCUGAGCAAAUAAUUUUGCUUGUUCUAUUGGACUGGAUUAUUUCUUACCCCCGAAAUGGUGGUAGCGAAAUAUAUUUACUUCCACACUGUGACAAAAAUUAAGGUAAAACGGGUUAUCAAAAAAGAAAAAAAUGUGGACUUGGUGCAUUGGUUGUUGAUUUUGAUAUGUGGGAAGUAUACAGAUGAAUCAUUCACAAAAAUAACUAAAACCAGGGUUUAGAAAAUAGUUUGGGUGAAUUUUCAUUUCAUGCUGAUUUCCUUUUAUUCAUGAUUCAUGCUUAGGAGAGAGAUUUUAUAGA